AUGAGUUCCGGUGGUAAAGAUGCGUUGAGCUUAGAAGAGCGAUCUAAGAACGUCAAUGAUCUGUUAUUGGUUCUGAUGGAUAUCAACGAAAUCAAUGGGGGGAACAGCGAUACGGCUGAGAAGAUGAAACUUCAUGCGAAAAAUUUUGAAGCUGCGUUGUACGCCAAGAGCUCGUCCAAGAAGGAGUACAUGGACAGCAUGCGGGAGAAGGUCACGGCCAUGAGUAACACAAGAGACUCGCGGAAGAAAGCGGCUGCGGCUGCCAUGUCCAUGGGCAUGAGAGGUCAGCAGCAGCAGCGGUCUGGUAGUAUUCCGGUGAAUGGAAACUUCAUGUCCACGGCAGUGAACAUGAAUUCUCAGACGUUUCUUAAUCAGCAGGCUCAGGUUCGUCAACAAGCUGCUCAGCAGUUGCGUAAUCAACAGCAACAACAACAGCAGCAACAGCAGCAACAACAAAGACCUCAACUCACUCCACAGCAGCAGCAGUUGAUUAAUCAGAUGAAGGUUGCUCCAAUUCCUAGAGAGUUGUUGCAGAGGAUUCCUAACGUUCCGGCAGGGGUCAAUACUUGGCAGCAGAUCACAGAACUAGCACAGCAAAAGAGACUCACUCCGCAAGAUAUGCAAAUUGCCAAGGAGAUUUAUAAAUUACAUCAACAGUUACUUUACAAGUCAAAGUUACAACAGGCCGGUUCGAAUAAUAGAAUGUCUCAACAGCAGCAAAUUCCACAGCAGCAACAGCACCACCACCAGCAGCAGCAACAACAACAACAGCAGCAGCAGCAACAACAGCAACAGCAACAGCAGCAACAACAGCAACAGCAACAGCAGCAACACCAAAGGGUUCAAAGUAUGAGCAACAAUGCUCCGCAGCAGCAACAGAACCAACAAAGAUCUGGUGAAUUACCAAAUGUUCUAGGACAAAUAAAUCAAAUUUUCACACCAGAUGAACAAAGAGCUUUAUUACAUGAAGCUAUGGAAGCUAGUAAAAACUUCCAAAAGACACAAUUUGGUGUUAAUAUGACUGAUGCAAAUAAGCAGAAUUUUAUUAGAAAAUAUAUCAAUCAAAAAGCUUUGAAAAAAAUCCAAAAUGUCCGAUUAGCACAAAUGGCGGCCAGUGGAGCUAAUCAACCAAAGUCGCGACCACAACAGCAACAACAGCAACAACAGCAACAACAGCAACAACAGCAACAACAGCAACAACAGCAACAACAGCAACAGACAUUGCCACAACAAGUGUCUCAACAGAUGUCCCAACAAAUACCAUUGCAACAGCAGCAACAGCAGCAACAGCAGCAACAGCAACGCUUGAGGAAUAUUAGCGCGAACAUGAAAAGCCAGCUACCAAACGGUAACCAAUUGAAUGCCAAUCCUGCUGUGCAGGCAAAUGUACCGCAAGCAGGAUCCAUGAGAAACAUGAAUAGGGUGCCCGCCCAACAAGCGACGACUCCACAGGUUCAAGCUGCGCAAGUUAGACCAGCAGUUUUACAGGCCUUCGCACCUACUCCUCAAGAUGUUGAAGUUGUCAAACGUAUAUCGACUGAAGCAGCAAGAACACCACUGAGACUAACAGAUUUGACGAAUACGUUGACAACCCAAGAACGCGAAGAUAUCAAAAGAAAACUUUAUUUGAAUCAGCAACUAUUUGCCCAAGUUAGUAACUAUGCUCCACAAGUUUAUGUUUUAACGAAAAGUGAAAAUUUCUUAAAAGAGGUUCUGCAAUUGAGAAUAUUUGUCAAGGAAAUUCUAGAGAAAUGCUCAAAGGGAAUAUACGUUGUGAAAUCUGACACUGUCGAUAAAUUAAUAAUGAAAUAUCAGAAAUACUGGGAAAGUAUGAAAAUUCAACUAUUGAGAAGACAGCAGUUGAUCCAGCAGCAGCAGCAACAGCAACAACAGCAACAACAGGUUGACAAUAAUCAAGGCGGGCCAAGUAUUUCUCAGCAGCAACAGAGGGUCCAAGGCUCCAUGCAGCAUAUACAACAGCAAUUGCAACAGAAACAGCGUCAACAGCAACAGCAACAGCAACAGCAACAUCAACAACAACAACAGCAGCAGCAGCAGCAACAGCUACAGCAACAGCAACAGCAAUUACAGCUACAGCAACAGCAACAGCAACAGCAACAACAACAACAACAUCAACAACAACAUCAGCACCAUCAACAACAACAACAACAACAACAACAACAUCUUCAUCAUCCUGCUAUGAAUAGUAGUACUGGAACACCCAUUGUUGCACCUAAUCAGGCUGCCAUGGCGGCGGCCGCAGCGAUGUCAGGUAAUACUUCAAGUUCCAAUUAUCAACAUAUUUUACCAGAGACCGGUGCUGCGGCGCCACCUACCUCAGCCGUUCCUCAUACGUCAAACAGCGGAUUAGGAUUAGAUUUCUUGGCUUCUCCAGAUUUGGCAGUAAUUUCACCAAAUGUUGGUUCAUCUCCUAAGAGAGAUCUCGGCAAAGUUGCUGCAGCCAAUCAAAGCAGAGCGAAGUCCAAAAGACCUUCAUCGAUUAAUCCAUCUCAAUCAAAUGCUGCUACUCCUAACAUUUUGCAUGCUGCUGUGCCCAGUAGGUCAGCCACACCUGCAACCGCCAACUUUUCUUCUGCUGGAUCUCCUCUAGUCAUGAACAAGCCUAUUUCUGUAUCCCAGAAAACUCCAUCACCAUUGACUGUCCCUCACCUAACACAAGGGCAAAAUGUAGGUUCGAAUUCAAAUAUCGAUAAUCCCUUCAAGGAGGAAGAAGAAAAGUUAAGAAGUUUGAACAUUCGCAAAGCAGAGAUUAUAUCACGCUUUAAGCACCGUCAAGAAAUUUUCAGUAAAUCACCUGUUGAUAUCUUCUUAUCAACAUUAGCAGAUUGCUUUUCUGUAAAAGAUGAAGAAGUUGAAAUUGUUUCGACAAUUCCUCAAAAUAUUAUCGAUCAAGUGAACGGUACUGCUAAGAAAAGAUUAAGUAAAGCCGCACAGAGAGCCAAGGAGCAAGAUGUCGUUUCUUUAAAUAUUAAGGACAAUAAGUUAAUAAUGGAGAGUAAAAUGGGACCAUCAUCGAGCUCAUAUGGCAUAUCAACAGACGCUUUAUCCGCAAUUUUCAGGAAUGUUUCCGGAGCAGGAGUAAUACACAACAUGUGUUUCUACGAUUCCUCAUCAGGCGAGAACUUUUCAAAUCAAAAUAACACAAAGAAGAGAAAGCUGGAAGAUGCUGAGAUCAGUCCAACAAAUUCCAAUGUUUCGCCAUCAUCUUCUUUGAUGAGUGAUUCAAAAAAAGUUAAAAUUGACUCUCCCGAAGAUAUGUUUUCAGGAAAGUGCAACGCAGAACAAACUUCCAAACAAACAACAAGCUCAGUGCCAGCUAACAUAUGGGACUGGAACUUUUGGUCAGAAAUGAGGUAA